AUGGUCCGCGGCGGCGCGUCGCGGCGCGUCGACACGCUUGGUGUCUACCUGCCCGUCGCGCGCUGUCGCCUGCUGUCGCCUCUGCUCGACCACCAACCGCCACGACGCGCCCCUCCUCAAAGCAUGAGCUUUGGAGACUCCGACGAGCGCCCGGCGAAGAAGCGCCGUUUCUUCGUCGAAGACGAGCCCGCCGAAGCCGCCGCGCUUUCUGCUUCUGCCGUUGACAAGGAAAACGACGCACAGAAUGCAGGCAUUGCGGGCGUUGACACCGGCUUGUUCGACGCCGACUUGUUCGCGUCAAUUGUGGGUGAACAUGUGCCGCCAGAAAAGCUGAGGCGGUUGCAGGAAGCCAGCAGCAACGACAUCACGCGCGCCAUCAACAUGUAUUACGAUGGAUCGUGGGAGUCUGCGCCCGCCUCUGUGGCUCCUCGCUCGAACGGCACCCUGGAAUCCUUCGCUAAACCCCAGGGCUCACCUCGAGUAAGCUCGGUCGCCGACGAUCCCGCCUCUCUCACGCCUCAACGACCUCGAGUGCAGACAACUAUGCCUGACAAGCGGUACAUUGGCGCUUUUGGUGUCGUUGGUUGGGCAACCAGAAGCGGGACCGGCCUGAUCAAGUUCGGCGAGAAAGUGAAUAUUGAACGUACAAGAACCCAACCGACCGUGAAGCUUGGGCGCAAUGGCAAGAAAAUUGCAAACAAACGCCAGGACAUUGUCGUACGGUUUACAAAUCAGCGCGGAGAGGAGGUUGGCCGCUUGGAGAACGAGUCUGCCGCCUGGAUCUCCUCCUUGAUUGACCAGAGAGUGUGUACCUUCGAAGGCUCAUGCGUGUAUACUCCGGACAGGAUACGCACCAACGAGACUAUCUACCUCCAGCUCCGAGUCUAUCUGUUGAAAAUUGUUUUUGAUGCAGGGGGGUUUGUGAGGCCUGCCGACACGAACCGUGAGUCUGCGUUCUAUGAGGCGAAAGAAACCCACGAGGAGCGCGGCCUACGCCUGCGCCAGGUGGCCCUGGUAAAGCUGUUCGAUGAAAUCAACCUUCACCCUACCCGUGGGAACGCUCAGGCUGAGAAGCACAAGCGACAGGGUCUGCUGAAGGCUGUCGAGCUUGCAGAGAAAAAUGAGCAGCCCGGAGCCUCCAAUUCAAAGUCUCAAAAAUCACCCAACAACGAGCCGGGAACGCCUCCCUUGGACGAAGUCGAAGAAGGCCAAGAGCUCGAGCAGGACCAACUGGAUUCACUGUACAAGAAGGCGCAGUCUUUCGAUUUCAAUACCCCCGAAGCAGAACCCGCAAGUACUUUCGCCAUGGAUCUUCGGAAAUACCAAAAACAGGCAUUGCACUGGAUGAUAACCAAGGAAAAAGAUCAGAAGUCUGACCAUAAAGAAAUGUCGAUGCAUCCGCUUUGGGAGGAAUACACCUGGCCUACCAAGGAUGCGGAUGAUAAUCCUGUGCCUGAAAUCGUUGGCCAACCGGCGUUCUACGUGAACCCUUAUUCUGGAGAGCUAUCGUUGGACUUCCCAAUGCAAGAACAGAAUUGUUUGGGUGGAAUUCUGGCGGACGAGAUGGGCUUAGGAAAGACUAUUGAGAUGCUCAGUCUGAUUCAUUCUCACACUGCCAACCCUUCUUCCACACCCGACGGAGCCAUAGCAACAGUAAACAACCUCCCGCGCUUAUCAACUCAUUCGUCGUCUGUCGAACUGGCUCCUCGAACGACGUUAGUAGUAGCACCGAUGUCACUGCUCGCACAAUGGCAAAGUGAGGCCGAGAAAGCUUCAAACCCUGGGACCCUCAAAACCCUGGUAUAUUACGGUUCAGAGAAGACUGCCAAUCUCCAGAAGCUAUGCUGCGGUGCAAAUGCGGCGAAUGCGCCGAACGUCAUAAUUACCUCGUACGGUGUUGUCCUUUCCGAAUUCAACCAGGUUGCAGGCAUGGACGGUAACCGUGGCUCCCACGGUGGUCUUUUCUCCGUGGAGUAUUUCCGCAUUAUCCUCGACGAAGCCCAUUUCAUUAAGAACAGACAGUCCAAGACUGCGAAAGCCUGUUACGAACUCUCUGCCAAGCACCGGUGGGUUUUGACCGGCACCCCUAUUGUCAACCGCCUCGAGGACCUCUUCUCUCUUGUACACUUCCUUAAAGUGGAGCCGUGGUCAAACUUCUCGUUCUGGAAAACUUUCAUCACCGUGCCAUUCGAAUCGGGAGACUUCAUCCGGGCUCUCGACGUCGUUCAGACGGUGCUUGAACCUCUCGUCAUGCGCCGGACAAAGGACAUGAAAACUCCAGACGGCAAAGCACUAGUGCCACUCCCGCCCCGAACGAUAGAGGUGGAGUCGAUUGAGCUUUCCAAGGCUGAAAAGGAAGUUUACGACUGGAUCUACACCAGAGCGAAACGGACAUUUGCGGCCAAUGUCGAGGCGGGAACACUCAUGAAAUCAUACACCACUAUCUUUGCGCAGAUUCUACGUCUGCGGCAGAGCUGCUGUCAUCCUAUACUGACCCGCAGUAAGGAUAUUGUUGCGGAAGAAGAGGAUGCCGCUAACGCCGAGGAUCUCUCAAAGGGCUUGGCUGACGACAUGGAUCUUGACACAUUGAUCCAACAGUUCGAGGCUGAAGAUGAGAAUGGCGAGCAAGACGCUAACAGGUUCGGUGCGCAUGUUUUGAGGCAGAUUCAAGCAGAGCAGCACUCUGAAUGUCCCAUUUGCGCCGAAGAGCCGAUGGAGGAGCAGGCCGUGACAGGCUGUUGGCAUUCAGCCUGCAAGCAGUGCCUGCUUGAAUUCAUCGAGCACCAGCGAGAUAAAGGAGAGAUUCCGCGUUGUUUCAACUGUCGGGAGCCCAUCAACUCGCGCGAUGUGUUUGUUGUCGUGCGUCACGAUGAUUACGAUGAGGACGAAGCGCUCUACUCGUCCCCCGGCAAUUCUGGCAACCGCACCCCGCGCAUCUCCCUCAGACGAGCCAAAUGCGCCGCCUCCGCAAAGAUCGAAAGCCUUCUCUCCCAUCUCAAGAGGAUCCGCCGCGAGGAGCCGGGCAUCAAGUCGGUCGUGUUCUCCCAAUUCACCAGCUUCCUGGACCUCAUAGAGCCCGCGCUGGCCCGCGACAACAUCCCCUUCGUCCGCUUCGACGGCAGCAUGACGCAGAAGGCGCGUGCGGCCGUGCUUCAGGACUUCACCAGCCGACCCAAGGGCCUGGUGCUCUUGCUGUCGCUGCGCGCCGGCGGCGUGGGCCUGAACCUCACGGCGGCGAGUCACGUCUUCAUGAUGGACCCGUGGUGGAGCUUCGCGGUCGAGGCGCAAGCCAUCGAUCGCGUCCACCGCAUGGGCCAGCUCAGUGAGGUGGUCGUCAAGCGGUUCGUGGUUCGGGGCAGUAUCGAGGAGAAGAUGCUGAAGAUCCAGGAGAGGAAGAAGUUCAUCGCGAGCAGCUUGGGCAUGAUGAGCGACGAAGAGAAGAAGGUGCAGAGGAUUGAAGAUAUCCGAGAGUUGUUGAGCUAA